UGUAUUUCAGUUCAAAAGCGACGACAAUAGUUAAUGUCAAUUUGAUCAAGAUGUCAUGAAAACGAGUUUAGUGGGAAGACGAGAAGAAAAUAAAGUAAGGGUGAUGUUUCCAUGCCAAAGAUGAAAUCCCUUGGCUACCACAACAUAUUAAUCUUAGCAGUUGUUGCUGGGGCUUUAGGCGCCGCACUUUCGUGUCCAGACAAUAUUAACCAUGAUUCCUCGAAGAAUUCAAACGAUCAAUCACGUCUCUAUGGGCUGAACAAGAAAAUUUCAAAUGACAAUAAUUUGGCACGAGACAUUUCGCGAAAUAAUAACCUGGCUCCAGGCGUAUCAAUCAUUCGAAAUAAUAGAGGACUUAAGAUCGACAGGAAAACGGAAACGACCAAGAAACUUGUUAAUAGUUGGAAAGAAAAACAUUAUUACGCAACUCAUGCUGCUAAUUAUCUAACAAACAAGGGGCGCAUAUCAGGACAAAAUUUAUCUCGUAAAUUACAAGUCAACACUUAUUUUAAGACAAAUGAGAAGAAGUCGCAAAUCCAUACAAAUUCUUAUUUUAAGCCGAAACAAUUUGGAAACAAAUUUACCACGGAAAUGGAUGAGUUUUCAAAUUAUUUGAAUCUCAUUUACGAUAAUGACAAAUUGCCUUUAACAAAACCAGAAGCGGAUCAUACUAGGCGUAAAAGCCCGGAGUCUUCCGAUUUUCUUAAUAGUAAAACUCAAAAUAUGUCCACGGACGAUAGCCAUCAUCUGUAUCGCCGCGAGGCAGGUGCUAGUGAUAGUUAUACGUCGGUAAAAAGCAUAACUGGUAUGAAAGAGAUUAAAAUUGCAACGCUAUUGCCUGAAGACGAUUCUCAUCCGUUUAGUAUUAAAAGAGUCCGACCAGCUAUUGAAAUCGCAAUUGACAAGAUGAAUCCUCUAAUUGCCCACCACAAUAGGUAUCUUUCCGUCCGAUUUCGAGACAGCAAAUGUGACAUUGCCGGUGGAAUUAAUGAGUGUAUAAAUUUCUAUGUCAAUAAAGAAAUGCAUGUGCUGUUUGGACCGUGCUGUGACUACAGCGUUGCUCCUUGCGCCCGACAGGUCGUGUUCUGGAAUAUACCAAUGAUUACAGCAGGUGGUUUGGCCGGAGAUUUUGGAAUCGGCAAGGCCAAAAUGUACAGUAUGAUGACACGUAUAGGCUCGAACUUUAACACGCUAGUGAACUUCUUCGCCGAUGUGCUCAUGUAUUAUAACUGGAGGAAGUUAAUCCUCGUCUAUGAUCCCUACGGUCAGACUAAUAUAUCGAGCAAGUUUUGUCACAUUGCAGCAAAUGAUAUUCAUUAUGGAAUGAGAGAAACGCAUCAAGCAAAGAAUAUAACACAGGAUUAUAUAAAGUUUGAACUUCCAGAUAUCAGUCCAAAAACGAGUGAAUUCAAGGCCAAAAUUGGACUAGAUUAUUCAGGUAAGCCGUAUAAAACCUGUACAUAUAGUACAACCUCUGCUUAGGA